UAUAUAUAUAUAUAUCUAUUUAAGGGUCUGUUUGAGCGGAAUGCAUGCUGCAGGUUUGCAGUUUCGCUUGUCGACAUGCUGCUAUGCAUCCGAGGUUCCGUCGCCUGUCCUUCUCGUCGGUUCUGAGCUCCAAGAGUAUUGGUUUCGGGGUUUAAUCCCUACGAAUCGCGUUGUGCAGCCGAGGAAGGAGCUGUGCAGAGUGAAGAGUGGUCGUGUUUGCAGAAAGCGAGAGAGCGAGUGAGUGUUCUGUGUUCUUGGGCUUGCUGAGAGGUUGUACAAGCUGCACGGAGUUGCUGGCUAGUCAUGAGGUAGGGUGAGGUGAUUUAUUGGAGUUGGAACGUUGUUCUGUGUGGGUAUGGAGUGAGGUUCAUAGACUCUGGGUCUGGCUGUUGCAGUGAACAGUUGCGGAGCGAGUGCAAGGAAGGGAGCUGGGGAGUUGUGUAAGUGACAUACGGUGGGAUUUCGGCGUCCAAUGUGGACAUGCAGAGGUUUGCAGUGGUUCUUUUACCGGAUUCUGUUCAUGUUCGUAUGAAGCGACCCCGCUCCUGGUUAGGACGCCGACUUGGUUGCCUCUAAACCGAAUUUGUUAAAAAAAUUCGUGUUAGAUCUGCACCUAACUUUAUCCGUCUAGCACCUCGAUCAUGGACCUGGAGUGCGUAAGCUUCAAAGAAAGCUCAUUUAGAAGAGUUCAGGCGUAACUUCACAGUUCAAAACCUGAAUGCUGUGCAUUAGCGCGUUUCUCUGCUUUGACUGGAGUUGUCCUGGACGGCACUUUUUGUAGGCAUUCAUUUUCAUGAGCAAAGCGUCUAUGGUAGCGCUUCUGACUCUUGCAUAUCAGAGCUUUGGAGUGGUUUAUGGUGACCUUAGCGUGUCGCCUCUUUAUGUUUUCCGGGCCACAUUCGGAAGCAGACGGCGUGGUGAUGUUGAAGAGCGCGAGAUUAUGGGCGUUCUGUGUUUCAUUUUUUGGACACUGACCUUGGUGCCCGUUGUCAAAUAUUCCUUCAUUGUCUUUUGUGCCCACGACAAUGGAGAGGGGGGCACUUUUGCGCUUUAUGCUUUACUAUGUCGACAUCUGAAGCUCAGCCUGAUUUUGAAUCAGCAUGCAGCAGAUGAAGAGCUUUCUACUUAUCAGUUGGAACAACCUAUUACAUCAUCGAAAGGGAUAUGGUUUAGGCAACUUCUUGACAGGCAUAAGUUCCUGCGAAAUGGGCUCCUCAUCGUUGUGUUGCUGGGGACUUGCAUGGUUAUUGGAGAUGGGGCCCUGACUCCUGCACUUUCAGUAUUAUCUGCAAUAUCUGGUAUUCGGGUCGCUGCUCCCCAUCUCCACGAGAAUGUAACCGUGGCAGUCGCUUGCUGCAUUUUGGUCCUUCUUUUCGGGCUGCAGCAUAUUGGCACUCGUCGUGUGUCAUGUUUGUUCGCACCCAUUAUACUCGCAUGGCUUUUCUGCAACGCGAGCAUUGGGUUGUACAACUUGAUCACAUGGAAUCCAAGCAUAUUAAAAGCGCUUUCUCCAUAUUACAUGUAUCACUUCUUCAAGGUGGAUGGAAAGGAGGGAUGGAUUGCUCUGGGUGGUAUUCUCCUCUGUAUCACAGGAGCGGAGGCAAUGUAUGCAGACCUAGGUCAUUUCUCCCCCAAAUCUGUGAAGCUCACGUUUGUGGGAGUUGUGUACCCGUCCUUGUUGAUUGGAUAUGUAGGACAGGCUGCCUACCUGUCCAAGCAUCUUGAUCAAGUCGAUCAUGCCUUCUUCAAAUCUGUUCCAAAUCCUGUCUUCUGGCCAGUGUUUGUGAUAGCCACAUUGGCCUCAAUAGUAGGAAGCCAGGGAGUCAUAUCUGCAACAUUUUCCAUCAUUAAUCAAUGCAUGGCACUGGGUUGCUUCCCUCGAGUCAAAGUGGUGCAUACCUCCAACCACAUAUAUGGACAAAUAUACAUCCCAGAGAUCAACUGGAUCAUGCUCAUUCUUUGCCUGGGUCUCACUAUUGGUUUCCAAAACACUGUUGGAAUCGGAAAUGCUUAUGGGAUCGCCGUCAUCACUGUUAUGCUAGUGACCACAUGUUUGAUGACGUUGGUCAUAAUAACAGUAUGGCAACGUAGCAUUUUCUUGGCCUUAUGCUUCUUCGGCUUAUUCGGCUCCAUUGAGCUGCUCUACCUCUCGACCGCCUUCUUCAAGGUCCCCAAAGGAGGAUGGGUUCCUCUUGUGCUCGCCGGAAUCCUAAUGUUAAUCAUGUACGUUUGGCAUUACGGUACCACAAAGAAGUAUGAAUUUGACUUUCAGAACAAAGUGUCGAUGAAAUGGCUGUUAAACCUGGGUCCAAGCCUUGGAAUAGUGCGUGUCCCGGGCAUAGGAUUGAUCUAUACCGACCUUGUGAGCGGGGUGCCCGCUAUUUUCUCCCAGUUCGUCACGAACUUGCCGGCCUUUCAUGAAGUUCUCGUUUUCGUUUGUAUGAAAUCUGCACCGGUACCGUAUGUUUCUCAACAUGAACGUUACUUGGUUGGCCGCAUCGGCCCUAAGGAUUACCGCAUGUACAGAUGUGUUGUGCGCUAUGGUUAUAGAGACGUACGCAGAGACGAGGACGAUUUUGAGAAUCAGUUGAUAGCCAAUCUCGUCGAGUUUAUCCGAACUGAGGAGGCCAUGUCCAGCAAUGCGCAGUCCUUCGAAGGGGAUCAGCACUUAACUGUCAUGGGAACCACGCCUGCGUUGCUCUCCAACGGCCAUUCUGUAAAGGAGAUGGAAACCGACAAAUCUGUGGCCAUCUCCAACAAUGAAAGCUUGCAGUCCAUGGAAUGGAUAUCACCGCCCACAAGUCUCAUCCCCACGAGACGAGUGCACUUCGACAUACCUGUGAGUGAGACGGUCGACAGUGACGAUGUUCGGAAGGAGCUUUCGGCUCUUGCAAAAGCGAAGGAGGCUGGAGUAGCAUAUGUCAUGAGUCACUCAUAUGUGAAGGCUAAGAUGUCGUCCAACUUUUUGAAAAAGUUUGCUAUGGAUUACAUGUACACAUUUUUGCGGAAAAAUAGUCGAGACCCAGCUAUGAUUCUCAACAUUCCCCACACCAGCCUCAUUGAAGUGGGUAUGUUUUAUCAUGUGUAGAUUUUUUUCGGAAUUGUAUAGCCGUGAUGAGGGAGAAGUUACCUUUCGCCUGUUAGGGUGGACAACUAUUCUUCGGAGGAAGUAUUGUAACGUAUUUCAGUGUGAAAGUCGGAGUAUUCAUAGCAGUUUGAAAUUGCGAAACUAACAUUUACGCUUGAACAUAAGAUGACAGUUAUUGGUCAUGACCUGUUUGACUUGUCACCAAAUCUGUUGAGUGUUCAAAAAGUAGAUGUCAUCUCGGAAUUUAAAUUCCUCGUGUUCCACUGAGAUUUUUGUCUGGUAUAAAGACUUCGAAAAAUGUUUGCCCGAGGGAGAAAAGGGCAUAGAUGGUA